AGCGAUAAAUUGCUGACCCAAAAUUCAUUCAAUGUCUCCGGCAGCUAUGUAUAACAACAGCAGCUACAACAACAACAACAACAACAACAACAAGGCACCCAGAGACUACCAUUUUAGCCAAACAAAUAGGACAGCAGUUGAGUUUGCAAUUGUCAGCAGCCAAAGAGGAGGUGGCAAAUAGGAGGGUAAAAGAUUGAAAAGGUAUAAGGGGAUACGUUUAUUGAAAUUUUCGACAAUCAUUCAACAAUUUAAGCUGCAUAAGCGUUGGAAGUUCUACUGCCCGUAAGACAGUUAAAUCACUAGUCAAUUGCAGCAAACACCUAGUGUAGCUAGAACAAAUAUGCCAACGGCUCAAGGUAGGCAGCUGAUGAGCUAGCUGUUUGGGGCAAGUAAAUAAGAAGAAGAAGAGUAGCAUUUUCGUGCAAUAAAUCAAAAAUUGAAAAGCUAAAAGUAGAGAAGAAACCUUGCAAAGUAACAAGAACAACGUGCAAAACUAUUUUAGAGCGACCUUAAUUUUGGCAGUAACCUAGCCGCAACCCAGCAGCAGCCGCCUCUCAGCCGAGGCGCCUAUGAUAAACGCACAAUGUGCACUAACGUUGCAGCUACCGCAGCAAGUAGCAGCAACAAAUGCAAUUACAACAAAAAUGGAACAUACGAAAACUACAGAUAUAGCAAUAACAACAACAACAAUAGCUGCAGCGGCAUCGGCAACGGCAACGGCAGUCGGCGUAAUAGCGUAGCGACUACAAUCGCGGCCAGCUUAGCUGUCAUCACUUACUUUGGUCAUCCGAGCGCAGCGCAAAGCUAUACAAGCGCCUCGUCGACAACGCGGACGACUAGUGUGCCUCCCACGCAGAGCGAAGGUAAUGGCAGCAGUUAUGCGCCGUCAGGUGCGCCAACGGUCACAGCUAAAGCAGUCGCAUCCGCAUCCGCAUCCGCUUAUACGAUACGCGCUACCAAUUCGAGCACAAUUUCCCCCGGGACAGCAACUACAACUACAACGACAACGACGCCUACUGUAACCACCCCAGCCAGCGUUCGGACAACUGUCAAGCGAAAUGCGUUAUAUUUCAGCGAUAAUGGUUAUGCAGCUGCAGCGGCAACAACAACAACUGCAACUGCCUUAGCCACCACCAUCAGCCAAACGGAAGCGACUUUCAACGCAUUGAUGCUGAAUGACACACAGCUAGAUAGCGACAAUAUUUCCAUGGGCAUCUAUGGCAACAGCAGCAGCAGCAGCAGUGCUGUCUUCAAUAAUCACACCAACAACCAUAUUAACUAUACAGCGCUCAACAUUACGGAUAUCGUAUUGGAGAAUAACAGAGAUAAGUGGUUAAGUUUGUCGAUAUUCAUCGUGAAAGGUUUCAUAUUUGCAAUGAUUAUCUCGGCGGCGAUACUGGGUAAUGCGUUGGUAAUCAUCUCGGUGCGGCGCAAUCGCAAAUUACGUGUAAUCACAAAUAGUUUCGUCGUCUCGCUAGCCAUGGCUGACUUGUUGGUGGCAUGUUGUGCGAUGACAUUUAAUGCGAUAGUGGAGCUGUCUGGUGGCAAAUGGAUGUUCGGUCGAUUCAUGUGCAAUGUAUACAACAGCCUGGAUGUUUACUUUUCCACCGCGAGUAUUUUGCAUUUAUGCUGCAUCUCGGUUGAUCGGUACUAUGCUAUCGUACGACCACUAGAAUAUCCGCUUUACAUGACCGAGCGUACGGUGCGCUUUAUGUUGGCCAAUGUUUGGAUACUACCAGCGCUCAUAUCAUUUACGCCCAUUUUCCUUGGCUGGUACACAACAGCCGAACAUCAGCGUGAAACCUUAUUGCAUCCGGAUCAGUGUUCAUUUGUGGUCAACAAAGCGUAUGCGCUCAUAUCGAGUUCGGUCAGCUUUUGGAUACCGGGUAUUGUGAUGCUCUGCAUGUAUUGGCGCAUCUACAAGGAAGCGGUGCGCCAACGAAAGGCAUUGAGUCGUACUAGCUCAAAUAUUCUGUUGAAUAGUGUACAUAUGGGCCAUACGCAACAUUCGACGAAUCUCAGCUAUUUGCAUCCAAGCGAUUGUGAAUUAAACGCAACGAUGGCACGUGAGGAGACACAUAGCGCAAUAAGCAAUUUAGAGGAUAUACUGCCACAAACGACGGACGAUGAUGAUGAAAAAGAUGACUGUGAUGAAUUGCGUGUUCCAGCACCACCCCGCCGCCUCAGCCGUAGUAGCAUUGACUUACGCGACUUGGAGCAGGAACGUUACGAGAAGGUGACACAUACUGACAGCGCACCCUCUAUGAUUGCACUGCACUAUGCUGCACAACAACAACAAAAUGGCGAUGGCACCACCCUCAAUCCACAAAUAUGGACGGAUGGUCUAGCAGAUAUACAACAAUCCGUUUAUAUCACCAAAAGAUCCGCCUCCCCAAUCGACUCAAAACACAAUUCGCCGCAUCACAGCUCUAGCCGCAAGCAUUCCGACGAUUUGCAGCAAAAAGGUUGUGAUUCUGAGCAAUACCAACAGGUGUUUGGCAUGCUGAGCGAUGACAGUGAGUCGAAUGACUAUUAUGAUAGCGUCAUGCAUUUGAAAGUUAAGCAGCAGCAACUACAAGCGCCAGCUACAUGUCUGCCAAUCGCAGAGGAUAACAAAGAACUGAAACGCCUAAUUGAAGACAACUAUCUAUACUUUAAAAAGCAAGCGGUUGGUGACGAUUCUACGGAGCAGGAAAGUCAUCAAGCAUCAAGUAGUGGCAAAUUUCCUGCACACAGCGAAACUGAUUUUAUUAAAAUGAAGAACGGGCGCAAUCGUAGUCGCAGUAGCGGCAGCAGCGAGGGCAGUGCCAAGAAACCAUUUGCACUUAGCGACUCUGAGUUCCUUAAAACCAUAGCUGAUACUAGAAGUCGACGAAAACAACUGGAGUCACUUAAAGAGGGUGUUGUCAAGGAGGAGAAGACGAAAGAAAAGGAGAAGGGCUUCACUUUCAAGGGCUUGUUGGCGAAGACGAAACGCUCAAGCACCGAGUGUUUCUCGAUCGAAAAGAAACGUCACCAAGCUAAUUCUGAAGAGAUACGCAGCAGUCGGGCACAACUCUUUCGACGCUCACGCAAUCGCAAGCUGUCGCACAGCUACAAUGGCGGUAUGAGCCGUAAAAAUGAGGUGCGCUCGCGCCAGCCCAGUGACACAGACUCCGAGGCGGGAUUCGUAUAUUUUUCAUUUACAAUGGGCGAGAGUCAGGAGAGCUCCGCAACGCGCUACAACACGCCUGACAUCUUGCUCGACAUCAACGUGCUCAACGAACAAACGGACGAUAGUUUGAAGGAUAAUGCAUCAGUGCUAACGCAUGAAUUCGAAAUAUCCACCGCGCCGCACGUACACAACAGCUCGGUGCAACUCAUCGACCUAGGCGAGUCGCAGGAGGUUGCUUUCAGCGGUUCAGAUGAUUUCUCGCAGUACACCGACUGCCUAACCGAGUCACCGCACAUACCAACCACACCGCCACCAUCACUGUCGCCUUCCUCACUAGCCGAACCCAUAGUUCCUGAACAACUGCAACACCAGCAGCCCACACAACGCGCUGUUGAACUGCCGGAGAAAAGCAAUAUUCUCAUUACCUCGCGCACAGACCUUGUGGAGCUUUUCCGCUCACUAAGUUUUCCCAUCGCUGAGCUGGGACCCACAACCAUCGACUCGCCGCAUCGCAAAUUUCACUCAUCAUCCAACUCCACCGAAUCGAAGUCGGGCAAGUCAGCAAAACACAUUAAACAGCGCCUAAGCACACUGAGCGAUCAAGUUUUGGUGACGAAAAAUAGCAACAAUUUUCUUGUGUCCCCACCGCCAACACCCAAUUUCAAUUCUGCACAAAAUCUACCCACAACAAAGUCAAAUGUAUACACUAGCGUGCCAAGUAACACGGUCAACGUAUACUUCCUCUCGCCGCCACCCACAGCGACAUUGCCACAAUUCUCAAGCAGCUCGCCAACAAGCAACCCUUUUACCAGUGACACGUCCACUAUAUCCUUGGACGUGCUGACCGCGCUGCCAGUGCCGUCACCACAAAAUCAGCAGAUGCACGCAAUAUCGCAAAUGCCGCAAAAUAAAUCGCCGAAGCCAGAAAUCAUACUUGACUCCACGCUCUCGCCCACCUCGUUGCACAGCGGCAACAAAGGCGAUAUCGACGGUGGCGAUGGUUGUCUGCUGUCCGGGGAGGAAAAGGAUUUAACUUCGCCAUUGUUCAAACGUCACGACAGCGAAGCAGAAACCAACUUGAUGACAACGGCGCAAGCAGGACGUCAUCGCGGUAGCAUAUUGGCAGGUGGCGGCGGCGGUUGCGGCAGUGCCUAUGACGGUAACGGCGGUCAAUCGCUGCGUAAACGUCAAGCCUCAGUGGUGACGUACGAUGUGAAUGUCAUAAAUUUUUCACAGGAGAACAGCGAUAGCCGCAGCUAUUUACCUAUGGCACGUGUAUCGACCAGUUCGGCAA